CAACCACAUUAUCCUUUGAAAGAAAAAAAAAACAAUAAUAAAAAUAUUAAAAAAAAAAACCAGCUUGACCAAAAGCCCUUCUAGCAUAUAAGUACUAUGGCUGAAUUUGCAGCUUAUUUGCAAAGCUCUAAACCUUCGUUUUCAUUCUUAGAAGUUGAUCCGAACAUCAACAUGGAAGAGAUAACUCAGUUUGGAGGGAUGAAUCCACACACGGCUGAAAAUUCAAACUUGUUGAUGAAUUUCCAAAGCUUUGUCCCUUUCUCUAGUGACAACUUCUUUGGCAAUCCAGCUGCUGAGUUUCCGGGAAUCAUAGCUGAAAAUUUUCCUGGAAAUAAUUCCAACUACACCAACCACCAGCUCUAUGCUCACCCCACUAGUAGUACUCAUCAUCAUCAUCAGCCAACUGGUAGUGGGAAUACCAAUGAAAUAUCCCAUGAAUGCAAAAAGAGAAAGGCAUUCAUGACCAAUUUGGAUGCCUCUGAGUGCAGCUCAGGCAACUCUUCUCCUCCAGUUUCUCAAGUGGUUGGGGUUAAGAAGAAAAAUGGUUCGGGAAAAGGGAAGAGAGUGAAAAGCAAUAUUGAGAAAGAAGAAGAGAAACCAAAGGAGGUUGUUCAUGUUAGAGCCCGAAGGGGCCAAGCCACUGAUAGUCAUAGUCUAGCAGAAAGGGUUAGAAGAGGAAAAAUUAAUGAAAGACUCAGAUGUUUGCAAGACAUUGUCCCAGGAUGCUAUAAGACUAUGGGUAUGGCAGUAAUGUUGGAUGAGAUAAUUAAUUAUGUCCAGUCCUUGCAGAAUCAAGUGGAGUUUCUUUCUAUGAAGCUAACUGCGGCAAGCACUUUUUAUGACUUCAACUCUGAGACUGAUGCCGUGGAAAAACUGCAGAGAGCAAAAGCAGCAAAUGAGGCAAAAGAGAUGGAAAGAUUGAUAAGAGAAGGAUAUGGAGGAUUGGCUUGCUUCCACUCAGCUUCUUGGCCCCUUUGACUUCACUUUUGGAUGUUACCCUUUAUUGCCAUACAACACAUAAUGAAGAUGCUUCCAUUGUAGAUCUCUCUAAUAUUAUUUUUCAAAACUCAAAAAAAAAAAAAAACUAUUUUGUUCUAAUUAGUUCUAAUCAAACUCCUUAAAGUUUCCAUAUAUGUGUAUAAUUAAGCACAUGAAGUGGAAUGUCAUACUUGUACACUUUUAAAUGUGAGAGAGAUUUAUAUGUGGAUAAUAUUUAUACAAGGGAUAUGAUAUAAUCAUAUUAUUGAUCUCCUUAA